AUGCAAGAUAAUACUGAGAGAAAGCAAAUUUCAGAAGGGCUUGAAUUAAUUGUGAUCAAAGACAUAUCUCACUGAUACAUCGAGUUUUACUUACUCCCCCCUCCGUGAGUGAACAAAAAAAUUUUGUUCGCUCAUGGGGUUAUUUUUUUUCAAAAUUUAAAAAAAUCCCAUAUAAUUUUUUUCAUAAAAAAUUUUUAUAUAAACAAUAUUUUUGUUCGCACAGAGGGUGGUUUUGGCAAAAAAAUAGAGAUUUUUCCAAUGGUUUUGCUCGCUCACAGAAGGAGUUAGAAAAUCUCACUGAUUUCCUGUACAUAGUCCAAUUUAUGCUUAUAGAUCUGAGAAAUGUUUCCCCUAUCGACGAUCAGCUUACCAAGAAAGUGCAGGUCCUCCCAAAUGAGUCUCUAAAACUGUCAGAAUUGAGAAUAGAAGGGUCAUUUUCAUACAAAUACCAAUUUGUUUUCCAAAAGCUGAACAUUGAGCCUUUAAUUAAAUUUGUUGAGGUCCAUAAGGGGUUAAGAAUAAAAAUUACUCAAUAUGACCUUGAGCAUAGAAUUACGUUUGAGCUUGUCAACGAGCACGAAGGCCCGGUGCAUUUUGAGCUCAAAUUCAACCACACAAAAGGAGUUAAAACUGAAAACGGCAUGGCCCAUUUUUCCUUGGAUGCGUCAGCUAAGUCAACUUCGUUGGUUUGUGUAAUGCACUUUUCAGGUGAGUGAGGAUAUAAAUAUGAUUAUAAAUAUCGGCUGCUUCCACAUUCAAUUGACCUAAGCAGAAUUCAAGAAAAGCUAAAUAUGGACGCGAGCAGAUCUUGGAAAUUCAAACGCAUUGAUGUUGAGUCUACUAAUGACUCUCUCUUUGGAUCCCUGCCGAAGAAGAGGAAGACUCCUCAGCGCUGGAGACGAUAA